AUGAGUGAUGCGGAUGAGAAUGCACAACUCCGAGAGGAGAUCCGAUUGCUUAAAGAAGGCCAACGUACCGACAAGAUCAAUGCGCAGCAGGCAGCAGCAGCACAAAAUCAGGAAUUGCAACAGCAGCUACAGGAAGCAACACAGCAGCUGCAUCAGUCAAGGCAACAGACGCAGUUGACAACGCUGAAUGAAUGCUUGAUAUGUGGCCAUGAUUACCUACAACUCUCCCUCCGAAUCAAAGAGAAAAAUUUCUCGACGAAAGGCAAGUCCACUGAUGUCGCAGGAAAGUACCGUCCGCUAGUGAUUGAACCAUGCAGUGAGCUGCAAUCGCUGCUUAACAGCAAGAUGUCUGAAGUCUUUCGCAUCUUAAGACCAACGGCUGAAUCGACUCACCGUCACUUCGAUCCUGUAAUCUCAUUCCAGACUUCAAGCCAACAUCUGAGUAAAGCACUUGGUAGUGAAGAUGACACCGUUUCUUGGAUCGAGAGAGCUGUGCAAACAUAUGUUACCAGUAUCCUGGGAGCUCUUUGUAAACUGCCUGAAGAUUCAAGGGGAAAUUUGAGGCUUGCAUCAGCGGUCCAAUUCGAGAAUCAUGGCAACACACUCGAGAAAUUCAUCAAUGACGAGCGAGGUCCCAGCCGCCUGGCCGUAGCUUCACAAGCCAGUCGAACGUCAACUGCUCGCAGACCCAAUGCGAGGAAGCCGACAACCUCAGUCCUGGUACCAGAGGUCCACAAGCGUCCAUCGUACCUUGACGCAGACCAAAUGAUCGUCAUGGGUAGUAUGGAUGGUAAGAUGCGUGUCAUCCUGGUUGCCGAAUUCAAGCCUCCGCAUAAAUUGGCGAGCGAGUACCUCAAGUGCGGAAUUCAUACGAUCGCAACGGAAGAGGUCCUUCGCAGAGUGACCAUUCCUACUGCCAUACAAGAGAGGUUUGUUGACCGAGCUGAGGACUUCAUAGCCAAGGCCAUCACCCAAGCCUUCGAUGCCAUGGUUUCCGCUCGCCUCCAUUUUGGAUACAUCACAACUGGUGAAGUAUACAUUUGGCUCUAUAUACCUCCGGAUAAGCCCAACCGAAUUCGGUAUUUUCUGACUUUUCCGGGCCAGAUGCCUCGCAGCCAGGAGCCGGGCUUCAACCCCAAGAAUACAGCUGUUGCACAACUCCUAGCGAUGUGUCUCUUGGCGUGUAGUACGGGAAAAGCGAGCCAUGACUGGCAACAGAGGGCUAAGAAAUACAGAUGGGUAGCUGGUGACGGCGAUAAACUCGAUGAAAUGCCCUCUACGGUUAAGACGCACGCCACAGUAUCAGAAUCGGAGUGGGUAGAUGAUGGAACACCAGUCCAAGCAAAGCGGCAACAAGCCAAGCAAAGUUGCAAGGGAUCUACGAACGCCAAUACCCAACAAGACGACGAUGACUCGGACGAAGAUGACUUAGACGAGGAUGAUAGUAACCUCCUAGGGGCCCGUCCAACAGCACGGCGUCUCUUUACUCUAUCAAAACCCCCUAUCUCGUCACCGCAUCAGAAGCAAUCCGAUCGACAACAUGAUCCUCCCCAAGAACCUACUGAGACUCGCGAAUACUGCACACGAUCAUGUCUUCUCAGCCUCGCUAAGAAAACUCCACUCGAUCGUGACUGCCCUAAUUAUGCCUCCCACCACGCCACCUCCACUAACCACCACAGUAUCACGCCCUCUAAACUCAUCAAGCUUCUCCGCAAAGAACUCGACGAGGACCUCGAUGCCGGCUGCCACGAACUCGACCUCCGAGGCGCACGUGGCUACCUCUUCAAACUCUGCCUUCUUUCCCACGGCUACGUCUUCGUCGCAAAAGGCACUAUUCCCAGACUCGUUCCCGAACUCCAAUUCGAAGCGCAAAUCUACGACAAACUUCAAGAGAUUCAGGGAGCCGUUAUCCCCAUCUGCCUUGGCGAGCUACGCCUUAGCUACCCGUACUCUGUUGGAUGUGGUGUCGAUCGCAUUGGUCACAUGCUGCUCAUGUCGUAUGCUGGCCACGCGACAGCCGGGUCCGAUUGCAGUGGGCACCAGGAUCAGGCGCUUCAGCUGGCGCAACAAUGUUUGAGGAGGGGUGUGUUGCACGGAGACACUGAGGGAAGGAAUGUCCUUUGGGAUGAGCGGGAGAAGAGGGUGACACUUGUGGAUUUCAGUCAUGCGAAAAUUGUCGAAGAAAAGGACAAGGAGGGGGUAAAUAAGGAGAUUCAAGAGGAGCCAAGGAGUAAGAAGAGAAAGCGGCCGUUAGGGGAGGCAGAUGUCAACAAGAAGCUCAAGAUGUCGCCUAAGAAAGAAAAUCAGAAUGCGGUGGCUGGCCCGAUCGAAAGUGUUGCUUAA